CUAAACAUUUGCUCAUUCUCACGAUGAGCCAUAACCAGAACCAACCUCACCGGCCAGUCCCGGUCCAUGUCACAAACGCCGAGACAAACCCUAACCCAAACAACCUCCCAAACUUUCUCUUAUCCGUUCGUCUCAAAUACGUAAAACUCGGUUACCAUUACCUAAUCUCCAACGCACUCUACAUCCUCCUCCUCCCUCUCCUCGCCGCAACAAUCGCUAACCUCUCUUCUUUCACCAUCAACGACCUCUCUCUCCUCUACAACACACUCCGUUUCCAUUUCCUCUCCGCCACACUAGCCACCGGACUCUUAAUCUCUCUCUCAACCGCCUACUUCACCACCCGUCCUCGCCGUGUCUUCCUCCUCGACUUCUCAUGUUACAAACCAGACCCUUCACUGAUUUGCACUCGUGAAACAUUCAUGGACAGAUCUCAACGUGUAGGUAUCUUCACAGAAGACAACCUAGCUUUUCAACAAAAGAUCCUUGAAAGAUCAGGUCUAGGUCAAAAAACUUACUUCCCUGAAGCACUUCUUCGUGUUCCUCCUAAUCCUUGUAUGGAAGAAGCGAGGAAAGAGGCAGAGACAGUUAUGUUCGGAGCUAUUGACGCGGUUCUUGAGAAGACCGGUGUUAAACCUAAAGAUAUUGGAAUCCUUGUGGUGAAUUGUAGUUUGUUUAAUCCAACACCGUCACUUUCUGCUAUGAUUGUGAAUAAGUAUAAGCUUAGAGGAAACAUUUUGAGCUAUAAUCUUGGUGGAAUGGGAUGUAGUGCUGGACAUAUCUCCAUUGAUCUCGCUAAACAGAUGCUUCAGGUGCAACCAAACUCAUACGCACUAGUGGUGAGCACAGAGAACAUAACCCUAAACUGGUACUUAGGCAACGACCGAUCGAUGCUUCUCUCUAACUGCAUCUUCCGUAUGGGCGGAGCCGCGGUACUUCUCUCGAACCGCUCCUCCGAUCGUAGCCGUUCAAAAUAUCAGCUCAUCCAUACCGUCCGUACCCACAAAGGAGCUGACGACAACGCAUUCGGCUGCGUUUACCAACGAGAAGACAACAACGCAGAAGAAACCGGCAAAAUCGGAGUCUCCCUCUCUAAAAACCUAAUGGCAAUAGCGGGAGAAGCUCUCAAGACGAACAUCACAACUCUCGGACCACUAGUCCUACCAAUGUCCGAACAACUUCUCUUUUUCGCGACCCUCGUGGCCCGAAAAGUCUUCAAAGUCAAGAAAAUAAAGCCGUACAUUCCCGAUUUCAAGCUAGCUUUCGAGCAUUUCUGUAUCCACGCGGGAGGUAGAGCGGUGCUCGACGAGAUAGAGAAGAACUUGGAUUUAUCCGAAUGGCACAUGGAGCCAUCGAGAAUGACGUUGAACCGGUUUGGUAACACUUCGAGUAGCUCACUUUGGUAUGAGCUUGCGUAUAGUGAAGCUAAAGGAAGGAUUAAGAGAGGAGAUAGGACAUGGCAGAUUGCGUUCGGAUCGGGUUUUAAGUGUAACAGUGCGGUUUGGAAAGCAUUGAGAACGAUUGAUCCGAUGGACGAGAAGACUAAUCCAUGGAUUGAUGAGAUUGAUGACUUUCCUGUUCAAUCUAAGCCAUGGUCUACACGGUUAAUCACCGCGGCGAAAUCUGUUUCGUGUACUUCUACUAACCAGGUUAGAGGGUUAACCAACUUUAGUACCGGAGUCUAUUUCGUUAGCCAAACCGGUCCACCGGAAAUCCAAUUUCCCGGUGGAUCUCCUUCUGAGGAAGAGUUACCUUCACGGCCAAGUAGAGGACCAGAGUGGGCUCCGUUAGAAGUCCCGGAGCUUCCGAAUACACCGGAGAUAAAUCCGUCGGAAACUCCACCGGAAGUUACAGCGGUUCCUAGUGAUCCACCACCGCUUGGACAGCCGCAGACUCCCGGCCCCGAGUUUCCGGUUCCACCAUCUCCAUCUCCACCGAUGCCAGAUACUCCAAAUCCUCCUACGCCGGAAACGCCACCUGAUGUGACACCUCCGAUUUGGGAACCGCCUCGUCCACCGGAUAUCUUCCCACCGGAGAGUCCACCUCCGGGAAUCGACCCGCCACCGCCUUUAGGCCCUACCAUCAUGUAGUAAAACUCAUUUUACAGUUUUUAGCUUACAGUUUUAUGUUUCCAUGAGACAAUUAAUCACAAUACACAAAUGUUUUUCAU